AUGGGAGACUCUGAUUACUACAACACUUUGACAUAUGAUGAUUUGGACAAAUGGUUCAAUGAUGUCACCAGGGACCAAUACCAGAAGGAGCUCAAGAGCAUCAAGAUCACUCUAGAUACCCAACAUCCACCUGGCUUCCUCAAGUCCAUCCAGACGACAUACCGUGAUCCAGCUUAUGCCAACUCUGAGAGAGUUGAGGAUGUAGUUGGUGACGACCCAAUUCCGACCCAUGCCAACACCUACACUUUCCUCCAGCAUGCAACAACCGAGUCCUUCUCCUACCGCUUUGCGCUCAUCCCCCGAGAACUCUACUUCAGUGGCAGCACCGUAGUGAGUGACAACUUCCCCAUAGCCAGUCUAAACCUACCGAGCCCUAUCAUGAUGGAAGGUACAAUGAUUAUUAUGCCCAGAUCGUUGGAAACAAUGAUCCAUCACUCAUUAGUUAUGGAGUCCCAGCUACUAUACCUAAUCACAAGCUUGGUGUGA